AUGGGUAACACCAAAAGCGGAUCACUGUCCAAAGAACUCCUGGAGGACCUGAAACUCAACACGAGGUACAGUGAGGAGGAGCUGCACGCCUGGUACCAGUCCUUCCAGAAGGAAUGUCCAAGCGGGCGUAUCACCAGGGAGAAGUUUGAAAGCAUCUACUCCAGCUUCUUCCCGGACGCUGACCCCAGCGAGUACGCACGGCACGUCUUCCGGAGCUUCGACACCAACGCCGACGGAACGCUGGACUUUCGGGAGUACGUGGUGGCCCUGCACCUGACCUCAUCCGGGAAGACUCUGCAGAAGCUGGAGUGGGCAUUCGCCCUGUACGACGUCGAUGGCAACGGCACCAUCAGCAAGAACGAGGUGCAGGAGAUCGUUAAGGCAAUAUUCAAAAUGAUAUCCUCAGAGGACCAGAAGCACCUUCCGGAGGAUGAGAAUACGCCACAGAAGAGAGCUGAUAAAGUAUGGAACUUCUUUGGAAAGAAUGAAAACGAUAAAAUUUCAGAGGGGGAGUUCAUUCAGGGUGUGAUGGACAACAAGGACAUACUCCGGCUGAUACAGUUCGACAAGCCACAGAAAGUUCAAGAGAAACUCGAGGAGAAGCAGCAGUAGUGUUUCGAGCGGCCAGCAGUUCUGUGAGACUUUUCCCACAGCUGUCCCUUUGCUGCAGAACCCCCCCCGCCCCCCACCCACAGUGUUUGUCUGCUGAAUCACCUCCACAGCGUUACUUCAUACUGUCCACACACUCAGCAGAGGCCCUGGGCGAGUGUUAUAUCGCCCAGAUGCUAAUAUAGCAUCCUUUUCACCACUUCUAUAUUUAAAGUUAUACUCAGGCGCAAG